AUGAGCAUGCGGUCAGCAGCAGUGCCGCAGACGGUCCUCUCUACAAGUGUUAUUCAGGAGCCGUUUCGGCCAGAUUACCUCGGUGCGGCAGCCAGAGACGAGAAAACACAGCCUUUUUGCGGUAAUAAAGAAGGAUGGGGCCCAAUUAGCCCCUUCCGGUACGACUUUACACCCUGCUUCCUCGACGUGUGGAUCAGUGUUGUGGCGGCAUUUGGCAUCAUAUUUGGCGCAACUGCCAUCUGGUGGCUCCUGAAGAAAAGAAGUCCGUCACCCGUCACUCGGAACUGGCAUUUCUACACCAAACUCGCAGUCCUCGCUGCUUUGCUCGUCACCACCGCACUUCAAGCAUGCCUACAGAUCAAUGCGCUUCCUGGGGUAUGGAUCGGCGACUUUCGCUUCUGGACCUCAAUCAUCACGUUGGUCUCGCUGGCAAUCAUUGGCGGCAUUCAAUACAUUGAGCACUGGCGGAGUCGGCAGCCAAAUGGCAUAGUGCUAUUCUACUGGCUGUUCCUGCUGAUAGCUUUCGGUGUGAAGCUUCGGUCGCUCAUCUCACAGCAAGCGUUCCGAACCCGGCUACCAUACUUUGUCACAUUCUGUGUCAGCUUUGGGCUUGCUGUGUUGGAAUUCGCUCUGGAGUACCUGGUUCCGAAGAAACAGUCCGCAUACGAUGCGCUGGGUGACGAAGACGAAUGUCCAAUUGAAUAUGCAGAUAUUUUCAGUAUCCUUACAUUCAGCUGGAUGACCCCAAUGAUGAAAUAUGGGUAUAAGGAGUACCUCACGCAGGAUGACCUAUGGAAUCUUAGAAGGAGGGAUACUACAAAAGUGACUGGGGAUAUAUUGGAGCAGACAUGGGCUGAUGAGCUUGAAAAGAAACGCCCGUCUUUGUGGAUAGCUCUAUUCCGGGGUUUUGGUGGGCCCUACUUCUGGGGCUCCGUCAUCAAAACUUUUAGUGAUACUUUAUCAUUCGUACAGCCACAAUUGCUGAGGCUCCUGAUUUCUUUCGUUGACUCCUAUCGGGGUGGCAAUCCUCAUCCUCAGCCUGCGAUCAGAGGAGCGGCGAUCUCGCUUGCUAUGUUUGCCGUGUCAGUAGCACAAACAGCUUUGCUCCACCAGUAUUUCCAGCGUGCUUUUGAAACAGGCAUGAGGGUUAAGUCGUCAUUGACUUCCAUGAUAUACGCCAAGUCAAUGCGAUUAUCGAACGAAGGCCGGGCCUCAAAGUCUACAGGAGACAUUGUUAACUACAUGGCUGUUGACACGCAACGACUACAGGACCUUACGCAGUAUGGCCAGAUGCUAUGGUCCGCACCAUUUCAGAUUGUUUUGUGUAUGCUGUCAUUAUAUCAAUUGGUUGGUAUUAGCAUGCUAGCAGGUGUCGCUGCUAUGUUACUCAUGGUACCUAUCAACGGGUUGAUUGCCAGGAUCAUGAAAAAUCUUCAAAAGAAACAGAUGAAAAAUAAGGAUGCGAGGACACGGCUUGUGACGGAGAUACUAAACAACAUGAAAAGCAUUAAAUUGUUCGCCUGGUCUCAAGCAUUCAUGAACAAGCUCAACUUCGUCCGCAACGAGCAGGAAUUGAAGACUCUCCGCAAGAUUGGCGCUUCCCAAGCUUUUGCGAACUUCACUUGGUCGACGACUCCUUUCCUGGUAUCGUGCUCUACUUUCACCGUCUUCGUUCUCACGAGAGACGAACCUUUGACAACGGAACUUGUCUUUCCGGCUCUAACGCUUUUCAAUAUGCUCGGCUUCCCUUUGGCCAUCCUUCCCAUGGUGAUUACGUCCAUCAUCGAGGCCACGGUAGCAGUAGGGCGCCUUACUAGCUUCUUCACGGCAGAGGAAUUGCAAGCCAAUGCCGUGCAGACGAAGGAUGCGGCUGCAAAUAACGGGGAUGAAUCAGUCCGUGUCCGGGAUGCUACUUUCACAUGGGAUCGUAAUGAAGGUCGCCACUGUUUAGAGAACAUCAAUUUUGUCGCGCGCAAAGCGGAACUCAGCUGUAUUGUAGGUCGAGUUGGAGCAGGAAAGUCGUCUUUCCUAGAAGCCAUUCUCGGAGACAUCUGGAAAAUUCAUGGCGAGGUCGUUGUACAUGGUCGUACUGCAUACGUGGCGCAGCAAGCAUGGGUCAUGAAUGCAAGCUUCAAGGAGAAUAUUGUAUUCGGCCAUCGCUGGGAUCCACACUUCUACGAGCGAACAAUCAAUGCCUGCGCUUUGACUGAAGACCUAAAGACACUGCCGGAUGGAGACCAGACCGAGGUGGGAGAACGAGGAAUAUCUUUAUCUGGGGGACAGAAAGCUCGUCUGACUCUGGCAAGAGCUGUGUACGCCCGGGCUGAUGUCUACCUUUUUGACGAUUGUCUUUCCGCUGUAGAUCAGCAUGUGGGAAGACACUUGAUCGAGAACGUACUCGGAUCGAAAGGUUUGUUGGCGGGGAAAACUAGAAUACUAGCGACCAACUCAAUUCCAGUACUUUUUGAGGCGGACUUCGUUACCCUAAUUCGUGAUGGCAGAAUCUUAGAAAAAGGGACGUAUGAACAGCUCAUCGCAAUGAAGGGAGAGGUUGCAAAUUUGAUCAGGACCGCCAAUAAUGAAGAAGACCAAGAGACUCCAUCUCCUAGCGUGGAAGACAGCAGAGAUUCCACAAGCUCAGAGAGUGAGGAAUCCAACACUGUCUUUGGUACAGGCACCGGCGACUCAUUGACGGAAGAGAAGGACGAAGCUCAAGAAGGCAUCACUCAACUGGCCCCCAUACGAGCCAACGCAGGCACUGGGCGAAGAGCGAGCAGCAAUACGUUAAGACGCGCAAGCACAGCAUCAUUCAAGGGCCCCCGUGGCAAGGUGACCGAUGAGGAAGGAGAAGCCGUCAAAUCAAAGCAGAGCAAAGAGUUUUCUGAACAAGGCAAAGUGAAGUGGAACGUAUAUUUGGAGUAUGCAAAGACCAGCAAUCUGAUUGCUGUGUGCAUCUACCUGAUCACACUCAUUGGCGCACAAACGGCUCAAAUUGGGGGUAGCUUAUGGUUGAAGCAGUGGUCCGAGGUCAAUCAGGAAUACGGUGGCAAUCCCCAGGUCGGCAAAUACAUCGGAAUCUAUUUUGCCUUUGGAAUUGGUGGCGCUGGUCUUGUCGUGAUACAGACGCUCAUACUGUGGAUAUUUUGCUCGAUAGAGGCUUCGCGUAAACUCCACGAAAGGAUGGCCUACGCGAUAUUCAGAUCCCCAAUGAGUUUCUUCGAGACCACCCCUUCCGGACGGAUCCUGAAUCGUUUCUCCAGUGACAUUUACCGAGUCGAUGAGGUGCUGGCGAGAACCUUCAACAUGUUGUUUGUCAACAGUGCUCGGGCCUUUUACACACUCAUCCUGAUUGCUGUCUCCACCCCAGUCUUCGUAGCGUUGAUCAUUCCUCUCGGAGCCGUCUACCUCUACAUUCAGCGUUACUACUUACGUACAUCAAGGGAGCUGAAACGCCUCGAUAGCAUUAGCAGAAGUCCGAUUUAUGCACAUUUUCAAGAGUCUUUGGGCGGCAUCACAACGAUCCGUGCUUAUCGCCAGCAGAGCAGGUUUGCUUUAGAGAACGAAUGGCGGGUGGAUGCAAAUCUUCGGGCGUACUUUCCGUCCAUCAAUGCAAACCGGUGGCUUGCAGUUCGACUCGAGUUCAUCGGUUCCUUUAUCAUCCUGGCGGCAGCUUCUUUUGCUAUCAUAUCUGUUUCUACAGGCAGUGGCUUGUCAGCAGGCUUAGUGGGUCUAGCAAUGUCAUAUGCCUUGCAGAUUACCACUAGUCUGAAUUGGAUUGUGAGGCAGACUGUGGAGGUAGAGACGAACAUAGUCUCGGUCGAACGUGUCUUGGAGUAUGCUAGGCUACCGAGCGAGGCGCCUGAUGUUAUCUCAAAGCACAGACCCAAGAUCAGCUGGCCUGGGCAAGGGGCUGUCAAGUUCAACAACUAUUCGGCAAGAUAUCGACCAGGAUUAGACCUGAUCCUCAAAAACAUCAACAUCCAUAUUAAAUCCCACGAGAAGAUCGGCGUCGUCGGCCGUACUGGAGCGGGAAAAUCCUCCCUUACCUUGGCUUUGUUCAGGAUCAUUGAGCCUGACGCUGGAAACAUCUCGAUCGAUGACCUGAACACAUCGACCAUUGGCCUUCUCGAUCUCCGAGGCAGGCUUGCUAUCAUUCCUCAGGAUGCAGCUCUCUUCGAAGGUACUAUCCGAGACAACUUGGACCCAGGUCACAUUCACGAUGAUACGGAACUUUGGAGCGUGCUAGUGCUUGACGAGGCGACCGCAGCGGUAGACGUGGAGACAGAUGCUAUGCUGCAGACUACCCUGAGAAGCAAUAUGUUCAAGGACCGCACUAUUAUAACAAUUGCGCAUCGGAUCAACACCAUCAUUGACUCGGAUCGGAUCGUCGUUUUGAACCACGGGACUGUUGCAGAAUUCGAUACUCCCUCGGCUUUAGUCCGUCAUAGGGGACUAUUUUAUGAAUUAGUCAAAGAAGCUGGCUUGCUCGACAGUGUUGAAGCAUAA